AUGUCCGACCCUAGACUAAUCGAUAUGGAACCCGGCGGGGAGAGCACGCAAUACGAGUCCAUCCGAGAAUUCACAAUCCCCCCUGCGAAACAGACUGGCCAGCUAGGAGUCGGCGACCCUCAUACAGAAAGCGAGCUUAACACCGGAAUUCAGCCCGUGCAAGAUGGCACUGCGAGUCGAGACGAAUAUGACAAUGCACAAAAGCUAGGAAUGGGACAGAUCAAUGAGAACAAAGAUCGGGAUUUCGAUACCAAGGGCGAUGCAGCAGCCGCAAAGGCCAGGAGACUGCAGGGGUAUGGGCCCGGCUCCGGUGUUGGGGCUUAG